AUGGCUGAGAGUGAAAAGAUAUCAGAUAUUGUCGAAAUUUCUUCCAAGGAUUCGUCCUCAAACUCAGACUUACAGAAAGUCACCGUAUUCAAAGAAUAUGAACCAAAAAAUGAAGUUCUUAGUGAGGUCGAGCAAAUCAUCCAUAGUUACGAGUUGGAAGAGUAUCGAGAGAUCAUAACUAGGGGCGCCCUGUGGGCGAACGAUCCUACUAUCAUUGAAUCAGAGGAUUACACUGAAAGGGAACGAACAGUAGCUCAAAAUGCCCAGUCCAAGCCGCUCAGAUCAUUGUCACGACAUAUGUUGAUGGCCGCUCUCUGUACUUCUUUAGCGGCAAUUAAUUUUGGAAUGGAUGAAAGUGCAGUGGGAGGAGCAGUAAUCCAGUACCAGAAAGAAUUUAAUAUCACGAAUGUGAACAUCCAGGGCUUGACCGUAGCUAUUCCCUACCUAGCAGCAGCUUGCAUAGGAUCCCCUUUGACUGUUUAUCUUGACAAAUUUCUAGGGAGAAGAUGGAUUGUGUUUUGGAGCUGUUUCAUAGGGUUUGCUGGAUCGCUCAUCCAGGGAUUUUCGAAUGGAUUAGGUUGUCUUCUAUUUGCACGAUUGUUCCUUGGCAUCGGUAUGGGUAUGAAUUCUUCCACGGUUCCAAUUUAUACCGCAGAAUGUGCUCCAGCAAUUUCGCGCGGGGCCGUUUUGAUGUUAUGGCAGACCUUCAUCGCUUUAGGGGUUUGCUUAGGUUCAGUUUUUAAUCGUGCAUUUGUUGGAAUUAACGGAUCCCUCUCCUGGCGCCUAAUGAUUGGAUCCUCUGCAGUAGCUCCUUUAAUUACUGCUGCCCUUAUAUUUCUCCCUCCUGAAUCUCCAAGGUGGCUUUUGGUUCAUGGUAAAUCGAAAGAGGCAUUGGAGUCUCUUAUGAAGCUUAGACCGGAUGCUCUUUCAGGAGCUCGUGACUUUUAUAUACUUUAUGAGUCACUAAAGUUUGAAGGUGACCUGAAGAAUCAGCUAUCGUUCUGGCAACAAUUCAAGUCACUGUUUGGCAACAUCAGAAAUAGAUUUGCGCUUAUAGUAUCCUUGAUCGGUAUAUUGGGACAACAAUAUGGUGGUGUUAAUAUUCUUGUGUCUUACACAACCACAAUUCUAACAAACUCCGGCGUCGAUCCUGUAACAGCUAUUGCUGGUUCCAUUGGGAUUGGUGGUGGUUGCUUUUUAGCAACAUUCUUGUCCUCCCAGUUAAUUGAUAGAUUUGGAAGGAGGAAAAUGCUUUUAUACACUUUGCCUGUAGAAGCACUUUGCCUAUUUUGGCUAGGAGGGAUUCUUAAUGUGACAAAUCCUAAAAGUCGACUAGGUGCCGGGUUGGCUUCCAUGUACGUUUAUGUUUUAUUUUAUGGAGCCGGAAUUGGGCCUGUAAGCUUCACGUUGGUCGCAGAAACUUCUUCGAUAUCGGUAAGAAUGGCUCACAGCUCUUUCUGCAUGUUUGUGAAUUGGAUUCUUGACUUUUGUUUAAGUAUGACAUGGCCAAAAAUGGAUUCCACAAUGACAGCCUCUGGAGGAUUGUACUUUUAUGGAGGUUUUAAUAUAUUGGUUUGGAUAUUGGCAUUAUUCUGUAUUCCUGAGACUAAAAAAUUCACCUUAGAGCAGCUGGAUGAAAUUUUCAAAGUUGGAGUAACAGCGCACGCCAGAAAAGUAUCACAUUACCUAUUUCAAAAAUGA